AUGGAGGAAUAUUUAAAGAAAAUCUGGUAUGAUCCGCAGCAUCCAGCUUCUUUUGCUGGACCAUCCAAACUGUAUCAAAUAGUCAAAAAAGAGGGGAAAUACGACAUUGGAUUAAAUCGAAUCAAGAAAUUUUUACAAAAUCAGGACGCUUACUCACUGCAAAAGAAAGUGCGUCGACGAGGGUUUAGAAGAAGACAAGUGGUAGUACAAGGUAUAGACUAUCAGUGGGAAGCUGACUUGGCCGAUGUGCAGAAUCUGUCCAAGUAUAAUGACGGAAUUAAAUAUCUCCUCGUCGUCGUGGACGUAUUUUCUCGAUAUUUAUGGGUGAGAGCCUUGAAAGAUAAAAAAGCCCAAACUGUCAUCGGCGCUUUCAAAGACAUCUUGAGUGAUUCGCGAAAACCCAAGGCCAUACGGACCGAUAAAGGCACGGAAUUCUACAACAGGUACCUCAAAGAGUAUUUAAAAGGAAAGGACAUCAAAAUCUUUUAUGCGUUGAACGAGACCAAAGCUAAUUUUGCUGAAAGAUACAUUCAGACUCUAAAGAAAAGACUUUAUAGAUAUUUUACCUACAAACAAAAGUACGAGUAUUUGAAUAUUCUGCAAGACGUGGUACAGUCCAUCAACGAUACACCCAAUCGAUCUCUGAACGGAAGAAUUCCCUCAUCCGUCAGCAAGGAAAACGAAGCAGAAGUGAGAUUAGAUGCGUACUUGGCCAGGCAACCAACUAAGGGGAGGACAACAAAGUUCAAGAAGUCCUCGAACAGGAAACGUACCCCAUACACUUUUAAGGUGGGCGAUCAAGUGCGGAUUACACACCUGAGACGUCAGUUUCAACGCGACUACGAUCAGACGUACACCGAGGAAAUUUUCAUUGUCAGUGGGCGUUUCGUUUCACAAGGUAUUCCGAUUUACAAGUUGAUGGACAUGACGAACGAACCCAUUCAAGGCAGUUUUUACGCCAGCGAACUACAGAAAGUGAAUAAGGACGAGCAGACCGCCUGGAGAAUUGAAAAGGUUCUGAGAAAACGAAAAGUGCGCGGAAAGUCCGAGGUGUUGGUUCGAUGGUUAGGUUGGCCAAAGAAAUUCGACAGUUGGAUUCCGGAGAAUGAUAUAAAAGAGAUCUGA